AUUAUGACAUUUCAAUAUGUUAGUUUCCAAUGUGAUACUACAUUUUUAUUUUAUUUUGAUUAAUUAACAUUGACUGAAUUUCCUUAUGUGCUUUAGGCUUGAAGUGUAGCAGCUACUCUUGGGCCAGAUCCCAACCCACACUUGUACACUAUUACCGAUUUUUCUGACCUGAGCAUUUUCUUCUUAACUAAGGGAGCCUAGUGACCUUCUGUUGCUAAGGACUUAUCAUAUUAGUAAUAGACUCAGUGUAGAAAACUAAGUAGCUUAAUUUGCAGUUCAGAAUACUCAAACUAAAGAUAUACAAAAGUUCUAUUGAGGUGUACCCCAUGCACCUAUAUAUUUUAUUAUUAAAUGCAUUUAAAGACAUUAUUCUGAGAAGAGGCUAAUAAGUUUUAUCAACUAUCAAAGGGGUCCAUGACACAUAAAAAAUAAUGAAGAACCCCUAUUUGCAACUUGUUUGAAAAUUGAUUGCUCAAAUCUUUUGGCCAUUUACUUAGCAUACAAGUUUUUAACAGUCUAAAACCAAUACAUUAAUGGACUUUAAUACAAUUCCUGGCACAUAGUAAACAAUAAACUAUCUAGCUAGCUAAUCCUUUCUAUCAAUCUAAUUAUGGGAUUAGAUUUUCUGUCUAUAUGAUAGAGUGGGUACAAAUGAUUAAGCUUAUCCAGAAUUGCCUAAAAACUUGUGAAACAUUCCUUGAGAUUCUGCCAGUAAGAACAAUGCAAAGUAAGUUUUUUGUUAUAUGGAAGUUUUCAGAGAGUAACUCAAGUGAAGGACUCAGGAUUAUGAGAGAGAAGCUUUGUAGUAGGAUAAAAUACCUGCCUAACUGAAAGAAUCUAGGUCCAAAUAGUACUUUAAACUGUUUUAAUGCUUUCAGUGUAAUUAAAAUCUGGAAAAUUUUAUGUGGGUUUUAUUGGUGAAAGUUCAGUUCUGUCUUGUUUAUACCAUUUUCUGUUAAAAUAACAGCAUGUGCCUGGAUCUCCCUGGGGACCUUUGAGAAAAUGAACUGACCAUCUUGUGACACGGACUUCAUGUGCAUGGUUCAUCAUGGGAGAAAAGCUCAUCUGGGCAAAACUUAUGAUCAGAACAAUUAGAGAGUGUCCGUGGCACCAAAGGAGGUUAAACCAUCUUAAGUUAUUUUUUAUAGUAGUUAAAACAGAAAGUGUGGGUGAGUGCCCAGAGGUGUAGGAAAAGGUAUGAAAAAAGCAACAGCUUCCUAGGGAAACCAAAAUCAUAAGUUUUAAUUUUGGCGCUCUCAAAAAUAACUUAGAAAGCCUCUAUUUUCAGUAAUGGUGACUCCCUUGUAGGGGGUUCUUUGGAGGAAGAGUGCUUGAAAAGGGGUCUGUUUUUAAAGCUGGGCUGUAUUUCCUCUAUACACUGGCCUCACAAUGUUUUAUUUUAUUUUAUUUUUUUUGAGCCAGUCCUAAUCCUGGAUCUGCACACAUUCUCUAUUUCUUCUUCUUUUCUUUUACUGAAAUUCCAUAGACAGUAAUUAAGGAACUGGAGGCCAGCAAGAGGUCAUUGAGCCUUCGUCAGUGAAAACAGGGAUUGUUUGCCAUCUACAACACUCCCAUUUUUCCUUGUGGUGAAUAGAAGAUUUGCUUAGAGCUGAUGACUUAUGCCUUUCUUACAAGUUAUGCAGUUAGCAAGUAACUGGGGAAUCAGUCAGGGAACAGAAAGAAGCUAAUUGAACCCAGGAUCUUUUUCCCCCCUAUUUUUUUUUUUUUUUUCUUCAUCACAAAUUGUGACACUGGAGUCUAUUUGAUAAUGAAAUUUGUGAGAGAGUCAGGUUCACCAAGUGCCCAAUCUUCUGUUUGAGACUGUGGACCUGACAGAACAGAAAUUAAGAAAACCUUGGACUUGGGGAGGGGUGGGGGGUGGGAUCUGGGAGACUUCCAGAUUUGUGCCUCAGGCCUACUAAAUGCCUAAGUCGUCAAGAGAACAAUCGGAUGAUGAAACAGAGGAGUCGGUGAAGUUUAAGAGGUUACACAAGCUGGUAAACUCUACUCGAAGAGUCAGAAAGAAACUCAUUAGGGUGGAAGAAAUGAAAAAACCCAGCACUGAAGCUCCAGGUGUGGAGGAUCAUCCAAUUGCCAGCUCCCCAAUCCUGGAUGAAAGAUCAGCUCUCUACUCUGGAGUUCACAAGAAGCCAUUCUACUUUGAUGGCUCCACUGAGAAACCAGCAGAGGAUGAUUCGGAUUCCUUCACCACUUCUCCUUCAUCCAGCAGCCUGGACACUUGGGGUGCUGGCCGGAAACUGGUUAAAACCUUUAGCAAAGGAGAUGGCCGCGGCCUGAUAAAGCCCCCUAAAAAGAUGGGGACAUUUUUCUCCUAUCCGGAGGAAGAGAAGACCCAGAAGGUCUGCCGCUCUCUCACCGAAGGGGAGAUGAAGAAAAGUCUCGGCUCCUUAAGCCAUGGGGUAAGUACUGAAAGUGUUUGCUUUUAUGACAACAGUCGACAUAAGCAUCACCUUCUGGUGUCCCUAGAGGAGGUCCAAAGUGUCAGGAAGCAAAUCCGGUUGAAGAAAAUGGAUACUAAUUAUUCCUGUUCCCGAGCUUUUCUCUACCAGCGCCCCUCUAGAAAGGGCCUAAGUGCUACCACUUGCGACCUACAACUGCUCCGGCAGAAACCCAAAGGGGGAGGAGGCUGCGGCUUCCCCAGUAGAAGGCUGCGAGGGCGCACCUCAGUCAGCGAGUUCAAUAUCACCUAUGUGGUGGAGCGGAGCCUGUAUAGCCACCUCAACCUGACCCACCUGGUGCGGCCUGUCACGGACAGGACCCUCAGUAAGGCCGACAAGCAGGACCUGAGGCGGUGCUUGCUGGAGGAGGAGGAAGAGGCGCACAGGAAGUGGGCCGCCACGGUGGACCGCUGUACUAAACGGGUUCUUUUGAGAAUCCACCAGAAGUCUAGGACCUGUAGUUUUGGAGGAUUUGACUUGACAAAUCGUUCUCUGCACAUUGGGAAUAAUAAUUCAGAUCCAAUGGGUAAAGAGGGGGACUUUGUGUAUAAAGAAGUAAUCAAGUCACCUACUGCCUCCCGCAUCUCUCUUGGAAAAAAGGUGAAAUCAGUGAAAGAGACAAUGAGGAAAAGAAUGUCUAAGAAAUACAGCAGUUCUGUUUCUGAGCAGGACUCCAGCCCUGAUGGAAUACCGGGGUCUCCCCAGUCACCUCAGCCUGAUAAAGAGUCUCUGGAUAAACCUAAACUGAAAGCUGGUGGGUCUGUGGAGAGUCUAAGAAGUUCUCUCAGUGGUCAGAGCUCAAUGAGUGGUCAGACGGUGAGCACAACUGAUUCCUCAACCAGUAACAGGGAGAGUGUCAAAUCUGAAGAUGGUGAUGAUGAAGAGCCUCCCUAUCGAGGGCCUUUCUGUGGGCGAGCAAGGGUCCACACCGACUUCACACCUAGUCCUUAUGAUACAGAUUCCCUCAAGCUCAAGAAAGGUGAUAUUAUUGAUAUAAUCAGCAAGCCUCCGAUGGGCACCUGGAUGGGACUGCUGAACAACAAAGUUGGUACUUUCAAAUUCAUCUAUGUGGAUGUGUUAAAUGAAGAGGAAGAGAAACCCAAGCGCCCCACUAGGAGGAGGAGAAAAGGAAGACCACCACAGCCCAAAUCUGUAGAGGAUCUCCUUGAUAGGAUCAACCUAAAAGAGCACAUGCCCACCUUUCUGUUUAAUGGGUAUGAAGACCUGGACACCUUCAAGCUUCUGGAAGAAGAAGACUUGGAUGAACUAAACAUCAGGGACCCAGAGCACAGAGCUGUGCUCUUGACAGCAGUGGAAUUGUUACAAGAAUAUGACAGCAAUAGUGACCAGUCAGGAUCUCAGGAGAAACUUCUCAUUGAUAGCCAAGGCCUGACAGGAUGCUCACCAAGAGAUUCUGGCUGUUAUGAAGGCAGUGAAAACCUGGAAAAUGGGAAGACUCGAAAGACUGUACCAAUUAAGUCAGUCACUGAUACCCACUUUAAGGAUUUCAACAGAAAUCAACUGGCCAACUACCCAACUCUGCCAUUAACUAAAUCAGUAGAAGCUUUGAAGGAGGGAGAGAAGGAAUCUAGGCUUAUCAGUAGCCACACUCCUCACACUUCUGACAUCUGUGUUGAAGCAAGUGUGAACAACUCCAAGGCUAACCGAAGAAGUCUACCAGUUUCCAUCUGUAGAAGCUGUGAGACCCUGGAGGGCACUGAAACCACAGACAACUGGCCAAGGUCCCAUUCCUUGGAUGACCUUCAAGGAGAGCCUAAUGCUAAACAAGAUGUGCCUAAAAAGGAAAAGGAAUCAUCCCCUCAGAAUGUACCUGAAGUGCCCCAAAAGACAACUGUUUGCAAGUUGAAGGCAAAAACUCCCUCAGAUGUCUCUUCUGUUCAAGACCCAGUGCUACUGAUCCAAAGCCUGCGAUUUUCUGAUCCUCAGAAAAUUAAAACUAAGACAUCAGACUGCCCAUCCACAAAUUCUUCACAUGGGACAAUUCCUUGUUUGCCUAAAAACUAUGAAGCUCAAUCUUCCUCAGUUAAACAGACUUUAACUAGGACUCCCCUAGAGAGUCACAAAAAAGGGCAUGAUCUUGAAGGAAGAAAUAACCCUCCAGUCACCAAAGAAGGGAUUGAAGUGGGUCAGAGAGUCACUGAGGCAAGAACACAGCCAAAAAUUCCUUCACAGCCUCCACCUGUUCCUGCCAAAAAGAGCAGAGAACGCCUCACUAAUGGACUACACCAUGCUCCUGUUGCCCAUAGUGGUGCCUUCUCUAAUCCAGAUGUACCAUGCUUACCAGUUAAAAAGAAUAGCCCUGUUAGCCCUAGUGACUGUCAUACAAUACCUAUUUGUAGGUCUUCCCCAGAACAAGAACCUGGCAGUCCCCCAACCACACGGCCACCAUGGCUGUCUGAACUUCCAGAAUCCACUAGUAUUCAACAGCAUGGAGUCAAGUUGGGCCCUCCUUUGACAAGGAAGAUCUCCUGUGCCAGAGGAGUAGAUCUGGAUAUGCUGGUAGAGAAUAAAUUGCAAGCUGAAAAUAUUGAUCUCACUGAGGAACCAUAUUCUGAUAAGCAUGGCCGUUGUGGGAUUCCUGAAGCUCUAGUGCAGAGAUACGCUGAAGAUCUAGGUCAGCAGGAGAAGGAGAUUGCUGUGAAGAUGGACCAAAUCCGGGUGAAGCAGCUCAGGAAGCAGCACCGGAUGGCGAUCCCCAGUGGAGGACUCACAGAAAUCUGCAGAAAACCCCUUUCCCCAGGCUGUGUGACCUCGAUCUCUGACUGGCUGAUUUCCAUUGGUCUGCCCAUGUAUACCAGCAUCCUCAUGGAAGCAGGAUUCAACACUCUGAGCCAGGUGCCUUCUCUGUCACAGACUUACCUUCAGGAUGUGGGCAUUACAGAGGAGAGACACAUAAUUAAGCUCGUCACAGCAGCCAGACUCUUCAAACCACCCCUGAAUCCGGAAGCCAUGUAAUGAAAGGAGGCAUCCCUUUAAGAGCCACUACCCUUUCUUUCACUGUGCUUAAUAAAACCCAUGCAAUUUCUACAAAGUCCUCCAGAAGAGCAGGGCGAGCCUUGAGGUCUGGCUCAACGAGUUAAAGCUUGACCAAGAACUGGAAACUGUCUUCUCAGUGUAGACAAGUAACCAAGGCCGUCCUUUAUCCUCCAAAGGAAAGUCAAAGAAGGAUUUUUUGUUUUGGAAGUUCAUGGGAGCCACCACACAGAUCUGUGACAGAUGGCUUUUGCAAAUCUGUUUUUUUUUUUUUUUUUUCCCGGGUAGGAUAAGAGUGGGUGAGUUGUUUGAGGGAGCUAAGCUGGUUUCCCAAAUGUACUUGGAACAUCAUUCUCUUUCCUGUUGCUCUGCAUAGUACUGAGCGGCCAAACAGGUUUUAGCUAGGCCAAAGUAACAGACUCUGGAGUUAGUUUACAGUAUUGCCCAUUUUCAGUUUCUCAUGAGUAAAUGAGAUUGGCACCAGGAACAAGAAAAAUCUUGUUUUGUUUGGGUUUGGGUUUUUUUCCCUUUGAUAAAGUCAUUUUAUAAUAAUUGCUUUCUAGCAAUCAGCUUUUUAUUUGCCUUAAUGUAAGCUCUUAAGCAGUAUCAUAACUAGGGUCCCAUCACCUGUAAUCAUACUUCCAGAUCUUCAGCUUAAACUGCCAUCUAAUGUCCUGGGAUGUUUCUGGACAAAAACAAACAAAAAAAACCUGGCUUUUUAAAAUGUCUCACUUUAAGAUGGCCAGUGUUUAGGGUUGUUUUUCAGGCACAGAGUUCAUGUUGGGUUUCAGUUCUUAGACUAAAAAAAUCAGUAAAUAUGUCUACAAUUUACAGAGAUAUCUUUUCUUGUGUGUGUAUUUGUGUGUGUGUGUGUGCGUGCAGUAACUGCCUUUCAUUUUAAUCAUUUUUAAUAUUGUUACCCUGUCAAUCAUACCCCAGCAUCGACUUGGUAUUAUGACCCCAGCCAUUCCAGAUUUUAUUUUAUUUGCUCAUAGGUUAUCUCUGUAAAAGCCAUUAAGAGACUGAAUUGUUCAGAAAGAGGUUUCAAAGAAGGAAACAAGUUGGUAGGUUGUUUUGUAGAGAGUUAAAGUGUUUGUGUUGCAUUUUUUUAAAAGUUGCUGUCUUUCUUUUCCAAAUGCUUCUUGUAUUUCAAAGAAAGUUUCAUUUAUGAAGGGUUGGACAAAUGACUUUUAGCCAUAUCUUUUAAGGAUUUACAUAUAUUCACAAAGCAAUGUUAAACAUUUUAACAAGUUCCAUCUUUUUUGCAGCUUAAAUUCUUGUUUUCUAGCAGAUGCUGAAUUCAAGAGACUGACCCCUUAGGUAGGGUUAUGCUAUAUCCCCUCCAAUAACAUCUUUUUUUUUUUUAAACUUCUUAUUACAGACACUCAUUUGUACAAUAGAUGUCACAGUCACAAUUUUGAUAGCUUUGGACAGACACCGGGCUUUGCUUAGUUGAUAGUUACAAAUACUUUCAUUUAGCCAUGAAAUUCCCCAUGAAAAAUUAUUUCAUUAUGUCCAAACUAUCUUCAUAUUUUUUCUAUCACUACCAGCAGGUUUUUGAGGUAAAGGAGAGAAUCUUUAUGGUGACAUAUUUUAAAUGGGAAAAUUAGGUAUGACUGAAUGCUUUAGUCAGUGGCAAGACUUUCCUUUUUUUAAAAAAAACAACAACAAAGGAUCUAAUAGCUAACAAUAUUAGACUUUAUUUCCUGUGGCCGUUUGGUUUUUAAUGAUUUGUUUCUCCGUAAUAUUCAGCUUUUCCAAGAUCUGAUGUAAAGGAGUUGUUGGGACACAGCCUAAGAAUAGUUAAAGCUGUCACUUUAUAUUUAACCCUAAUUAGCAUGUCAUUUUAUCCUGAUUAAGCACUUGCAUUCAUGUGUCUCCCUUCAUAUUUAUGGAAACAUGACUUAUUUAGGGUGCCCAGAGGUUGAGGAUUGCUGGUGUGACCAAAUUAUUUGAAAAUAUUUCAGGAGAUAAAUCAUGAGAUUUGUAGUGCAAAAUGGACUCUCUCCCUCCCUAAGUAAAGGUACUCUUUGGAAGCUCUCUGUAAGCUACUGAGAAUACCACAGUUGGUUGAAGCACUGUAAGCUCUAGAGGAGAGAUGAUUAAUUACAUGUGACAAACCCUAGGGAAGGAAAUUUUUUUUCUGAAUUACUGAAUUUUCCCUCCAAUAGAUAUUUUAUUUACUAGAAUCAGGAGAAAUGGAAACUCUUGAGCAUUUCAGAGAGUUAGGCCAGAUUCUGUGUCACCUUUCCUUUGAAAUGAUUACAUGGGGAAAGCAGGAGAGGUUUGAACCAAAUCUAGGAACCAUCUAUAAUAUUAAGAAGUUUGGGGGGAGGGGUAGUUUCCAAUUUAAGUAAUCUGGGAAAUGUGUGUUUUUAAUACUGGUUUUUAUGUGGUUUUACAAUAUGUUUUAUGUUUGAUCUCCUUUUGCUUUAUACUUUUUAACUUGAUCCUCAAAAAGCCUUAAGUUUCUGUGUGUGGUUGUCAGCUGAGGUAUGAAUGGUCAGGUCUAUACACAUCAUCUGACAGGUGGGAGGUUUCAGCCAUAUCGAAUUUUUAAUUAAUUCUUUGUUGGGUGCAAUUCUGAGCAAAAGUUAAGUUUGUUGACUGUUGUAAGCACAAAAGAAACCUACUGAGCAAGUUCUGACUCUGGCAGAUACUUGUUAUAUGUCCACUGUGUUUAAUUUUUACUUCAAAAGUUGUCUGGCAGGAGCCAGCCCCAAAUACUGUUUACAUUCCCAGAUGAUUUAGCUAACACAUAACACUUUCUUCAAUGCCCUGUUCUCCUUCUUGAAUCUAAGUUUGGGUGAAAUCAUGAGAUUCUUUUGUUGGAAAAUAGUUCAUUUUCCUAAGCAAAGCUGGAGAAGUCAGUUCACCAUUAUGCUGGUGGUACACUGUUCUGUCACAUUUGCAAGGGAAAAAAAGAUUGUACUCUGGGUCCAAGUUACCUUGAUUUUCAUUUGUCAUAUUUAGGGGAAACAAAAACUGUCAAGCAAGUGACAUAACAACUAACAAUGUUGCACUUUCUGUAUAUGAAAUCAAUAUUUAAAUAACUUAUUUUUCUCCAUUGCUGUUCUUAAACAAUGUAAGUAGCUGUAAGAUACCAGUACCGAUAUGUUCUUGCAAUUUGCUUCAGCCCAAGAAAGCGGUGUAUUGUUUAAAAAAAAGUGUAAAAAGUAUUGUGCUGUUUCAUUUAGCAAAAACAAAACAAAACAAAAAAAAAAAAAAACAAAAAAAGUGGACAAAAGGGUUUUCCUGUGUAUCAAAACUUGUCUAUAAUUAUGUCAUUUCUGUUGAUAGAAAAAAAAGUAAACAAAUUUCUUCAACUGAG